AUGUUGGUCCUCGCCAAUGACGGACUUCUGGCCCUUGGCCAGUCGUACGACUUUGACCAAAUGGUUGUGCUUCCUCGAGCAGCGACGGCAAAGUUGACCGUGACGCAAAGUCUACCACCCCGAGACAAUGGAUCUACUCCCUACAGAGAGGAGAUCCGUGAUUUGGUGGCCAACAAACACAAAUGGGAUCUUUUUAUCCUGGCUUUGAGCUCCCUCAUGUCCGUGAGCCAAGACGACGCCCUGUCAUAUUACCAAAUUGCCGGAAUACACGGAGCCCCAUUUCAGCCCUAUAAUGGAGUCAUGGCCUAUGCCCGCAAUGUUCAAUCUGGAUAUUGUAUGCAUAACUCUGUUCUAUUUCCCACUUGGCAUCGGCCUUAUCUUAGCAUGUUCGAGACUCAAAUGUAUACUCUGGCAAAUACCAUUGCUGCUCAGUUCAACGACGAUGAGCGAGAUGAAUACCAGAAGGCUGCUGCCGACUUCCGAAUACCCUAUUGGGAUUGGUCAUUGUAUGCUCCGGCUGGGCAAUCACAUUUCCCCGAUCCGUGCUCUGACCAUCUCACCGCUUAA